UAUUGGUGUACACCGCUUAGAGAGUGCUUACACUUAAAGCGGUAUAUAAGUCUCAUAAAUAAAUAAAUAAAUGCCAGAUGGAAAUUUGACACCAGCAAUUUUCCAUGCAAAGCUGCGCUCAUCUGCAGCAGCCAGCCCACAACGGCUCGCUGGAUUACAAAUCAUAUAACCCCCACCCAGGAUCGCCGCUUGGGAUACCGAUUGGGGAGGGCUAGGUUAGGACACACACUCUCUCUCUCUCAACCUUUUUCCCCACCCGGAACCGAGAAGCAUCCUAGAUAAGAUCAGCCCCAGCAACUCGAGAAGCCGCGUCACGCGUCACGCGCAGAAGAAAGGUCAGUCGCUCGGCCCGGGGAGAAGCCCCGCCUACAAGUGGAGUGAUAUCCGAAUGGAGCAAUCGCCGUGCUCUUCUCCCUCCAGCUCCCCUAGUGGUGACCCAAUGAACUAGCCUUGGAGGAAGAGCCGGCUAGGAACCUGCCGUUCGCCGGGUACAAUAGCAUUCUUUCGCAGCGGAGGUGCAUGGUCUCUCGGCUCGCGACCUCUCGGACUUCUUUGAACUGCACGAAAGCGCCCAACCGCUUGGCAUCGCCUUUUCGGAGCAAAACUUCAAGGAUGAAGAAAACCUUGUUACUAGAGCCUGUCAUUUCCUUAUAUAUUUUUGCCUAUUCUGUGACCUCUCCUCUAAAGCAGCAAUAUAUAUACAAGAGGAUCUGGGAAGAAACGACCAACUCUACCUUCAUAGUUCAAGAUAAUAUUUCUCAUUGUGAACUGAAUCAAAGCAACCCAACCUAUGUGAAGCAAAAGGAAGUCCAAGAAAAAGCCUCCCUCUUUGCUAUGAAAACAGACUUAUGUGGGGCAGUUUUCAGCAUUUUGGUGGCCUUUGUCCUAGUAGCGAACGGAGAUCGAUAUGGACGCAAAAUAUCAUUGGUUCUUCCCCUGGUGGGGAGUCUUACCAGCAGCAUCUUCCUCUUUGUUAUGUCAGACUUGUCUUUGCCCCUGUACCUUUUCUUUGUUUUCUCCUUGGUUGGUGGACUGUUUGGAGACUUGGCUACUUUUCUUGGAGGAGCCUUUUCUUUUAUAGUUGAUUGCUGUAAGACUCACAGACAAAAGACCAUCCGAAUAGCCGUGGUUGACUUAAUCUUUGGAUUCACAUCUGGAUUGGGAGGAUUGAUCUCAGGAUACAUUCUAAAAGAAAUAGACUUUAUGUGGACAUUUGCCAUGAUUUCUCUAUUUCACGUGGUCAACAUUUUUUAUGUCAUAUUUUGCUUGGAUGAAACUGUGAAAGUCUCUGCAUUCCAGACACAGUCUUGGCGGGAAGGUCUUAAAGACACUCUUUCUGGAGUAUAUAUGCUCUUUAAAUCCUCAUCCUGUAAGAAGCAAAUUUUAAUGAUCUUGCUGCUUUGUACAUUCAUGACUUACCUUUUCACAGUGUAUGGAGGGCUUAGUCUCUAUGUGUUAUAUGAGCUGAAUGCCCCCCUCUGUUGGAAUGCCAUUUAUAUAGGAUACGGCUCAGCUGUGUCCACCUUAGUCUCUAUGACUGGAUUCCUAGGGAUUGUUCUUCUUUCUCAGUAUCUGAGAGAUAGCUACCUUGUUUUUAUUGGAAUCUUCUCUUAUGUGGGAGGAAGUAUCACGGCCGCCUUUGCUAACACUACGUUGUUGAUGAUGUUGGUGAGAGUACCAUCGAUGCUCCUUUUUAUACCCAUUCCAGUUAUUCGAUCCAUGUUGUCAAAAAUAGUUCUUCCUAAUGAACAAGGAGCUUUAUUUGCUUGCAUUGCCUGCUUAGAGGUUGUGACUGGGACCAUUUCAAUUACCGUUUUUAAUACCAUCUAUUCAAUGACUGUAGCAUGGUUUCCUGGUUUCAGUUUUCUCUUAUCAGCUGGCUUCUGCAUAAUUCCACUGAGUUUAAUGAGUUGGUUUAUGUAUGUUACUUGGCACGAAGAGAACUAUGUGCUACUCAUAAAUGAAGAAGACUGUCCUGGCCAGAAUGACGACAACUGAAUAGAGAAUACACCUAGCAGUUAACUGCUCUCAAAUUCUAUAAUGACCGGACCUGUGGAUGGAGUUGCCAGAGUUUCAGUGCUUUCAGUGGUUCCAUUUUGAGAGUUCCACAAUAAUUGAUUGGGUCAAGUUUGCUUUUAUCUUGGAUUGCUCUAGGGCAGUGAUGGUGAAUCUUUUAGAGACUGAGUGCCCAAACUGCAACCCCAAACCCAUUUAUGCAUUGUCGGGUACCGGGUGGGUGUGGCCCAUUGGCUGGGUGUGGCCAGUUGGCUGGG